UUUCUUUCAUAUUGAGGUUGACAGCCGGAUAGAGCCAAAAACCAGUUUUCCUUUGACCAAUUAAAAAUUACUAGAUAUCACACCAGUCACCAUCAGGACAUGAAGUUCACACAUUAUUAGAGCAAAAAUAGUACUCAAGAGGCCUGUUAAAGCUGAGAAUUGAUGAAGUUGCAGAUAGAUUCACUCUGCAACUUUCUUUCUUAAGAUGGAAAACAGUUAUAAUUCUUGUUGGCCUGAUGCCUCCAAUUUGGCUAACUUCAGCUUUUCGCUGAACAAUGAAUCUUCCUUUGUAGCCCCAUGGCAGCAGUUUCAUGAAUUUCCUCCACAAUUCUCGGCUUCGAACUCAACACAGUUUCAUGAAUUUCCUUCAGGGUCCAAUCCAGUCUCCGAAGGCCGAUCCACAACUGCUUCCAAGAGCCACAGCCAAGCCGAAAAGAGGCGCAGGGACCGGAUCAAUGCUCAGCUUUCAACUCUUAGAAAGCUCAUCCCCAAGUCUGAUAAGAUGGACAAAGCGGCACUACUGGGGAGUGUGAUAGAACAUGUGAAAGAUCUGAAGCUAAAAGCUAUGGAAGUAAGCAAGGCAUUCACAAUACCAACAGAAGUAGAUGAAGUUACUGUCGAUUGUGAUGUUGCACAAUUUGCAAACCCCACCAAUACUAAUCAUGUAAACAAAAGCAAAAGCAACAACAACGUUUUAAUCAAGGCUUCAGUGUGCUGUGAGGAUCAACCGGAACUGUUCAGAGAAGUCAUCAGAGUCCUCAAGGGCCUCGGACUCACCACAGUUAAAGCUGAUAUUGCCACUGUAGGAGGAAGAAUCAGAAGCAUCUUGGUACUCUGCAACAAAGAUAGUGAUCAACAAAGUGUUCCUUUAAACACUUUAAAACAAUCACUUCACUUGGUUUUGAGUAGAUUGUCUUCUGCAACUACGGCUUCUAACUUUCGCAUUAGAAGCAAAAGGCAGAGGUUGUUCUUGACUCCUCAUAUCUCUCAAUAAAUACAUAAUAUUAGCUAAUAGUCCUGCAAUUUGCUUCCAAUCAAAUUAUAAAACUAUAUGUAUUUGUAUAUAUGAUUGAGUAUGUAUCGUAAUGUCACGAGAUGAUUUUGGAAUGAGAAUAAAGUAAUAUUCAUAACCUUCUAAUUCUCA